GGGUUAACGUCACAGAGCGCUGACUCCUAGACAGGGCCAGAAAAAAGGAAUUCCUUUGAAGCUGCAAAUGCAUUCCUCUUCCUGUUCUUCCUUCUCCUGGCUGGCUGGCUGGCUUGGGAACAAGAAACAGCCUUUUUGGAUGUUAAGGGGGGGAAAUUGCUUGCAUUUCGGAGUGCAAAUUUCCACGGCUGCAGCGUAACUGGAGAAAGCUGCAGUCAAGAUUACAAUAUGGAGGAACAAGAUCUGUCAGGACCCAAAGAAACAGGGGAGAGACUGGAGGAGGUAGGAAGAGGCCAUGGCGUUGUCCAAGCGGAGCCCAUCCCGAAGCCUGUGACUCAGGCAGCUCCACAAGGCGUGAAACAGGAACUCGACGAUGGGCUGCAACAGGGCUGGGAAGUCCAGUGCUCGGAGUUCCUCAACAUGUCGCAGUCCCCUCAUUCAAGAUGGAAAAGCGUACGCCCUCAGUCAGGGCCUAGCGCUAAAGAAGUGCCAGCCUCUGCAACAGGGGUAGCUGAGAGUACGCACUGGUCUAGCCGAGAGUAUACAACCCAAACCGUAGCAAGCCCCUGUGAAAAAACCCACAUGGCCAACAAAAGUGUGGACUUCCCUGUGAAAGUAAAGGAAGAGGUUCUGGACGAGGAGGCCCUGCGUUCUGAGACGCUGCACCAGCGGUUCAGGCAGUUCUGCUACCGGGAGGCUGAGGGCCCCCGAGAGGCCUUCAACCAGCUCUGGGAGCUUUGCCGUCGGUGGCUGAAGCCCGAGCGACACACCAAGGAGCAGAUCCUGGAGCUGCUGAUCCUGGAGCAGUUCCUGAGCAUCCUUCCUCUGGCGAUGCAGAGCUGGGUCCGGGAGAGCGGCCCAGAGACCUGUUCCGAGGCUGUGGCCCUGGCGGAGGAUUUUUUAAAGAGGCAGCCAGAGGUUGAGGGGUGCCCACCACGUCUGCCUGCUAAGAGAGCCAGAGAGAGAGGAAGCAUCCGGCUGCCUUGGAAAAUGUCAGCAUCUUUAGAAGACAUGGCUACUAACUCCACAACACUGGAGCAAGAUCCAUCAGAUGUGGUGAAGCUGCAGUUUUCCACAGAUGCCAAGCAAGGAGGUGGUAGGGAGGCCAUCUUGCUGGGUGAUGAUCAAGUGAGGAAAAAAGAGGAGGGAGAUCUGCAGCUAGAAAGACUCGUGCCAGUGGAGCUCAAUGAGACAUUGUUGGGAAGAGCCAAAGGGAAUAUCUUCCCGUUUCAUGAUGAAGAAGAGGUGGUGCCUGAGUGUCAGCCAGAACCAGGAAGUCUCCAGGAAAACCAUCCAGGGAAGGAAGCAGAGAAGGUUUUGCUUUGUGAAGAAGGUGACAGAAGUUUACACAAAAGUACAGCUAACAAAGGGACCCUCAAGAGCAAAAAGACAUGCACUGAGUGUGGAAAUCUCUGUGAGGUCUUUGACCUUCCUAGGAACCAGAACGCUCAAACAGAGGAAGAGUUUUACAUAUGCCCCCGGUGCGGGAAGACCUUCAAGAACGGAGCAUCCCUCGUUCCAAAGCAGGGGACUUCAGUAGCUGGAGCAAAACCCUAUCCGUGCUCCGAGUGCAGCAAAAGCUUCGGCACAAAGGCUGCCCUUCUGAAGCACAAGGGGACCCACACAGGAGAAAAGCCCUAUGUGUGCUCCGAGUGUGGGAAAUGCUUCACCACCAGCUCCAAUCUGAUUUACCACAAUAUAGUACACACAGGCGAGAAGCCGCACAAGUGCUCAGAGUGCGGCAAGAGCUUCCAUUGGAAAUCGUCCUUGAUUACACACGAGAGAACCCACACAGGGGAGAAACCAUACGAGUGCCCCGAGUGCGGGAAGAGCUUUGGCAACAGCUCCCAACUUCUGCGGCACAAACGGGUACACACAGGAGAGAAGCCGUACCAUUGCUCCGAGUGCGGCAGGAGCUUCAACCAGAUUGCUUCCCUCAUUGCACACAAGAGGAUCCACACAGGAGAGAAACCUUAUGAGUGCUCGGAGUGCGGGAAAGGUUUUGGCACCAGAACAAACCUGAUGAUGCAUAAAAGGGUACACACAGGAGAGAGGCCAUACAAAUGCUCCUAUUGUGGGCAGAGCUUCAGCCAGCGAACACACCUGAUCAUCCAUGAGAGGACCCACACGGGGGAGAAACCCUACACAUGCUCCGAGUGUGGGAAAAGCUUCAACGCAAAAGCACCCCUCAUCACACACAAGAGGACCCACACGGGGGAGAACCUUUAUCAGUGCUUCCAGUGUGGGAAAAGCUUCAGCACGAGUUCCAACCUCCUGAAUCAUAACAUCAUCCACACAGGGGAGAAGCCGCACAAGUGCUCUGACUGUGGCAAAUGCUUCAACCGGAAAUCGUCCCUCAUUACCCACCAGAGAACCCACACAGGGGAGAAACCCUAUGCCUGCUUUGAGUGUGGGAAGUGUUUCAUUUCAAGCUCGGACCUCACGAAACACAAAAAAGUCCACAGAGGGAAGCGCUCGGGUGCUGCGGAGAGCUUUAUGUAUAGCCCAGCAAUUGCAGAACCCAGUAGUGUUCAACCAGGAGGGCAGAAAUGUUAGGACCAAAUUAAGAGGUGAUGGUUGGCAGACCCAUCUCAUUUAAGUAUGGGCCUGCCCCGGUCUCAUAAAAGUGAGAACCAGAGGUUCCGAUUUUAAUACAUUAAAAAAAAAAGCAAAUGAGCGGAGGAGCACUGGUGUUCUCAAACCUUCCCUCAGGCCCAUGGUUUACCUCUCUGUAGUCUGUCCCUCGGUCAGUGGUGGCUGGUGCUUGCUGGGACUGGUAAGGCAGAAUGUAGGGAGACCAACAGUAGGUGGAGCCAGAGCAAACAACAGGCGGAGCCAGCCAGUUCUGGUUUUAUCUCCACUCUCUUCCCUGCUGAUUUGUACAAGGCCAACACUGAGGCUAAGGAGGAGGAAAUGGCACCGUCUGGCCUGGAUGUAAUUAGGAAGACCAGUAGGUGGGGGCUGGCUGAGGGCAGAAUGAGGUUGUUGGGGCAGCACCCCAUAUGCCCUAAUCAACUAGCCUCCAUUGUCCCUGCUGUGUCUCUUCCCUUAGUUGUGCAUCUGUAGGGAGACAUGAACUCACCUAGGAGAAAAGUGUCUGGGGUACAAGCUGUGGGGAAGUAAGCCACAGGGAGGAGAAGCUUUUCAGAGCCUGAGAGGCACAUGAGUGGAAGGUUCUAAACCCUCCCCCCUUCCUGCUCAUCACUUCACAAUCUGCAACCCACCCCCCAAAGUUUUUUCCUUAGCUAGGCUCCAAUACUUGAAGUGAACCCAUCUGAGGGAAAAGCAUCGGGGGGGGGGAAGACUUUAGGAGGUAAACCACAAAUGGGUUUAGAACCUCCUGCCCCUUUUGGUCUUCAAGCUGGACCAUCCUGCCCAGUUCUUAGUAAAUUGACAUGGGCAGACCAGGUUAAGUUAGCCUUUGCCAACCUGGUGCCCUCCAGAUGUUUUCGACUACAACUUCCAGCAUCUGUAGGGCAUUAGGUUGGUCAAGGCUGACUUAAAGAGGUAGGUCUGCUGCCCUCCUGUCUAAUGUGGGCCUUAGAAAUAGAGGUUGAUAAACAAAAUCCCUUAAUGACUGGACUUCAUUUGCAUGGGAAACUUGGUGUAGGCCUGAAGGGUGCUCACAAUUGUAGAAAAGUUGUAGACUGAACCCAUUUGAAAAAAUGUAGAGCUGGGCAAAAGGCCCCCAUCUCUUUCAGGGUCAGCUCCAUUUGCAGAUAAAAUGGGAAGGUAUUUUGUUGACUUUUGAGAAAAUGGGGUGACUUGGGCGGGAGUUAAAUGUACGGGAGGUCAUCAGAGCCCUCUUAGGUUGGCGGCCACCAUUUAAAUUUCCCAGAGUGCCCCGUACUGAGGCAGAAGUUGUUGGACUCCAGUUCCCAUCAUCCCUCGCCAUUGGCCAUGCUGGCUGCUGGGAGUUGGAGUCCAACAAUACUUGGAGAGCCACGGCUUCCCUAUCCCUACACUAGAGAAUCGGGUGCCAGUUUCUGAAGGUAUCGCUGCUUCACUUGGUGUUUCCAUGUUUUAAGGACGCACUAGAAGAAAACAAAUAUAGGCACUCUCAACUCUGGAUGUCAGCAUCUGGAAAUUUGAGCUUUGGAGUCUGAAAUAUGUGUUCAUGGCUGGUGCCUCAAAAUAAAGUAAAAUGCAUUGCAGGCACCAAUUCCUUGUGCAUCAUUUAGCACCAACAUUUUUGUAGCAAUGUGGAUGAAUUUUAUGCGGGGGGUGUGCUAUUCCACUGUAGUGGAGAGCAAAAUUUCAGAUUUCUUCAUGUUUUUAAUGUAGCUAUUUAAUACAUAUAUUUCUUUUUUGACCAAGGCAAGGGGCUGUGAGCUAGUGGGCUGGGAUUAGCUAGGAGGGUCAUGUGUAUGUAUUAGUAGUAGGUUUUUAAGUUAAAUCUUUUGUUUUCCCUUAAAAUAUUUCAGCUUGUUGCCUUCCAUGCACUGUCUGUCUUUGGGGUGCUAUUGGUCAGUUGCUAUUAUGGGUGGGCCUGCUUUAUGGCUCUAUGCACAUUUAAUGCAUUUAAGGUUGGUGCACCCUCUUCUCUUUAAGGCAUAACUGUUUGUUACACAUUUCCUCAUCACUCUUUUUAUAGUUUCCUCAUUAUUAUGUCUCCUGAAGUCUUGUGACUCAUCCAGCAUUGGGGGGAAGGGGAUAACUGCGGCUUACGUUUUGUGAUGUACUUAUUAAAUGGCGAGAUGUUUGGUCACUCCUGGAGUUUUUAGACCCAUUAUUUAGACGAUUCGCUGUGAAAAAUCUGUAAAUAAAUAAAAUUAUG